AUGCAAGACAAAUCACUAAUAAAGCAAGCUAUGAAGCAAUCAAUGAUAAGUAUAUUUUUCAUUGUUUUAAUAUUCAUUGCAUGGACCUCAAUGCUCACUGAUGCACGUCAAUGUUGGGGAAGUGGAUAUGGUGGUUGCAAUGACAGUGGAUGCAAUGCGGCGGGAGGCUAUUGUCGAAAUUUUGGACGACCACCAAAUAACGACUGCAGAUGCGUCGGCAAAACAAGGGGAUCCUCACCUCGACGACGUAACAGGCCACAUGGAUAA